AUCACUUUCUUUAAUUAAAUCCCAUACUUUACUCUAAAUACUAACUAUACGUCUAUACCCUCUCUUAAAUUAAACUCCUAUAUUUUCUUUCAUUUCCUUUCUCUUCUAUUCAUAUCAGUAUCAAGUUUCAACACACUCUGGAAAUUUAAGUAAAGAAAAAAAAAGAAAAAAAAAAGAAAAAAAGAAGGAAGACAGACAUGACCGACAGGGUUUACCCUUCCGCCAAGCCCGCCGCCAACGGAGGCGCCGCUGCCGGAGCCAAUCCGGCAUUUCCAGCUACCAAGGCUCAGCUCUACGGAGCCACCCGUCCAACCUACCGUCCGCAGCCACUCCACCACCGGAGGAGCCGCCGUAGCUGCUGCUGCCGCUUCUGCUUCUGGCUGAUCCUCAUCGUUCUCAUCCUCCUCCUUCUGAUCGGUAUCGCCGGCGUCGUCGUUUAUGUACUCUACCGUCCCCACCGUCCUGACUUCACCGUCACGUCCCUCACACUUUCGUACCUCAACCUCACCGCUUCUUCCACACUCAGCUCGAAAUUCGCGAUCAGCGUAACCGCUACAAACCCUAACAAACACAUCUCAUUCUCCUACGAUCCUACCUCCGUCUCGAUCCUCUCCGGUGACAUCGACGUCGGCGACGGCACUGUCCCCGCCUUCGACCACGGCAAGAAGAACACGACUGUGCUGAAGACAACGAUUUCGAGUUCCGGCCAGGCGCUGCAGAGCGACGAUGCCGCGAAGUUGAAGAGCAGCAUGAAGAGUAAGAGCGGGUUGCCGUUGCAGGUGAAGCUGGAGACGAAGGUGAAGGCUGCGAUGGGGAAUUUGAAGACACCGAAGGUCAGAAUCAGGGUUUCUUGUGAAGGUAUCAAGGCCACACUUCCCUCCGGGAAGAAACCGGCGACGGCGUCCACCUCGAACGCCAAGUGCAACGUCGAUGUCAGAUUCAAGAUCUGGAAAUGGACCGUUGGAUGAACAAUAUUAUCACCAUCUUUAGAACAAAAAAAAUUGCAGAGGUUUGUUUUUUUUUUUUAAUAUAUAUUUUAGCUUAUGUUAAUGGUGGACUUUAUUUUAUUCUAUUUGAUAUAUUAUUUUUGCUGAAUUUGUUUAUAUACAUAAUAACUGGUUGUAAAUGGAAGAAAGAUUUGAUGAUGAGGUUUUUUAUUUUUUAUUUUUUUAGUGGGUGACAGGUGUUUUAUCUUGUUGUAUACUACUCUGUUUUUUUCUUCUUCUCUUUGAAAAAGGCUUUGUAUUUUUCUAA